AUUAGGAGUGUAGCCGGGUGGGGAAAGGUAUGAAGUAUCUGUAUAUAAGCCCCGGCUUGUCAGAAGUUCGCCACCUCUCCUCGAGUUCUCAUUGGUUAGACAACAUGCACUGGAAGACGGCAGUGGUCGUCUUACUAGCCGGCGUGGCUACAGCCGCACGACUAGAUAACUCAUACCUACCCCCCGCCGGAGCAGCAUUCUCCGGUGGUACUGGGGGCCAGGGAGGAAUCGCGGCACCCUUCGCGGGUACCGGAGCUGGAGGAUACGGUGGCGCUGGUGGUAAAGGAGCUGGAGGCUAUGGUGGUGCUGGCGGUGCUGGAGCUGGAGGCUACGGUGGUGCUAGUGGUGCUGGAGCUGGAGGCUACGGUGGCGCUAGUGGUGCUGGAGCUGGAGGCUACGGUGGCGCUAGUGGUGCUGGAGCUGGAGGCUACGGUGGCGCUAGUGGUGCUGGAGCUGGAGGCUAUGGAGGCGCUGGAAGCAAAGGAGGUGCUGGUGGUUAUGGUGGUACCGGUGGUGCAGGAGGCGCUGGUGGAUAUGGCGGAUCAGCUGGUGGCGCUGGAGCUGGAGGCUACGGCGGAUCAGCUGGAGGUCGAGGAGGCGCUGGUGGAUAUGGCGGAUCAGCUGGUGGCGCUGGAGCUGGAGGCUACGGCGGAUCAGCUGGAGGUCGAGGAGGCGCUGGUGGAUAUGGCGGAUCAGCUGGUGGCGCUGGAGCUGGAGGCUACGGCGGAUCAGCUGGAGGUCGAGGAGGAGCUGGUGGAUACGGUGGAGCCGCUGGUGGCGCAGGAGCUGGAGGGUACGGUGGAUCAGCUGGUGGUGCUGGAGCUGGAGGCUAUGGUGGAGCUGCUGGUGGAUCUGGAGCUGGAGGAUACGGUGGUUCCGCUGGUGGUAGAGGAGGAGCCGGUGGAUACGGUGGAUCAUCUGGAGGUGCUGGAGCUGGAGGGUACGGUGGUUCAGCUGGUGGUGCUGGAGCCGGAGGCUAUGGUGGAGCCGCUGGUGGAGCUGGAGCUGGAGGAUACGGUGGUUCCGCUGGUGGUAGAGGAGGAGCCGGUGGAUACGGAGGAUCAUCUGGAGGUGCUGGAGCUGGAGGCUACGGUGGAUCCGCUGGUGGUGCCGGAGCUGGAGGAUACGGUGGUGGCGCCGGUGGCGCUGGAGCUGGAGGAUACGGCGGUGCUGGAGCUGGAGGCUACGGUGGAGCUGGAGGUGCUGGUGCAGCUUCUGGACCUGUUAUUCCUAUCAUCUCUUACCAAAACAGUCCCAACCAGGGUGACGGCUCUUACUCUUGGAGCUAUGAGACUGGCAAUGGAAUAAAGGCUCAAGAAGAUGGAUACCUGAAGCAAGACGCUCCUGAAGGACCUGGUGAGGCCGCCCAAGGUUCAUUCUCUUACACAUCGCCCGACGGACAGCAAAUCCAAGUCUAUUACACCGCUGAUGAGAAUGGAUUCGUUCCACAAGGAGCACAUCUGCCAACACCUCCUCCAAUUCCCCAAGAGAUUCAGGACGCUCUAGCAAAGAACGCCGCUGAUGAAGCUGCUGGAAUUUACGAUGACGGAAGCUACACCGGAGUUGGUGCUGGUGCUGGAGGCGCUGGUGGAUACGGUGGUGCUGGAGCUGGUGGAGCUGGAGGCUAUGGUAGCAAGGGAGGUGCUGGUGGUGCCGGAGGAUACGGUGGAUCUGGAGGCAGUGGUGCUGGAGGAUAUGGUGGAGCUGGAGCUGGUGGGGCUGGAGGAUACGGUGGUUCUGGAGCUGGUAGCGCUGGAGGAUAUGGUGGAGCAGGAGCCGGUGGCGCUGGAGGAUAUGGUGGAGCAGGAGCCGGUGGCGCUGGAGGAUACGGUGGAGCAGGAGCCGGUGGUGCUGGAGGAUACGGUGGAGCAGGAGCCAGUGGCGCUGGAGGAUACGGUAGCAAGGGAGGUGCCGGUGGAGCUGGAGGCGCUGGAGGAUACGGUGGAGCAGGAGCCGGUGGCGCUGGGGGAUACGGUGGAGCAGGAGCCGGUGGUGCUGGAGGAUACGGUGGAGCAGGAGCCGGUGGCGCUGGAGGAUACGGUAGCAAGGGAGGUGCCGGUGGAGCUGGAGGCGCUGGAGGAUACGGUGGUGCCGGAGCUGGUGGCGCUGGAGGAUAUGGUAGCAAGGGAGGCGCCAGUGGUGCUGGAGGAUACGGUGGAGCAGGAGCCGGUGGCGCUGGAGGAUAUGGUGGAGCAGGAGCCAGUGGCGCUGGUGGUGCCGGAGGAUACGGUAGCAAGGGUGGCGCUGGUGGUGCCGGAGGAUACGGCGGAGCAGGAGCCGGUGGCUCCGGUGGCUACGGAAGUAGAGGAGGUGCUGGUGGUGCCGGUGGCUAUGGAGGUGCUGGUGGAGCGGGAGGCGCCGGUAGUGGUGGAUACUCCCAAGGAGGUUCAGCUGGUUACUCAUACCCUAAACCAGGAAAAUAAGCUCAGUCUAGAUUUAUGAUCAGGAAUAUUAUAGCAUUACGAUUCAAACGAAGCGCUUAACUAAACAUGUGUUACCAUUAUUACUUGACCAAUUUGUUCUCAUGACCAGUAUUAAUAACGCUAGAUAGCCUACUCUAAUUUAUACAAUAACUCCUUGUUAUGAUGUAUUCGUGUGCUGUCUUUACCCUUGGUUGUAAAGUAGUGUUCUAAGUCAAAUAUAGGACUACUCUUCCCUCAUUAGUGAACUUUCAAAUAUUUAAUACCUGAGAUUGGUACAAUUUAGUGACCAUUUGCAAAAAUUUUUGUAGUUUGUGCUAUAAUUUGUACGUGUUGUGCCAAGUCUUAUAUUGUGAUAUAGGCCUACCAUUGUACCAGGUGUUUAAUAUAUGAAAGUGUCAAUUGAUGGCGAUUGUACAUAAGUUAUUUUAGUAUUGUAUAUAUGUAUUGAAUUUUUAAUACAAUUUUGUAUGAAAAUA